GAGCGGGAAUCACCUAUGGAAUGCACUCAGGUCUUUAUCGGGAACAUCAGCUAAACACACCCGGGACGCAGCCGCGACACGCAAGAGUAGAAAUCAAGGAUUUUUGGUAGAAAAAUGCAGACACGAGCGCAGAAGCAGAACGCGUCAAGAAAAGGAGUAAGUGAAUAUGAGAACAAAAAGAAUACACAUAUUUCCAAUGAGGAACCUGUUGAUCAGAAAGAAAUCCAGCUCCCACAGACACCAAUUAAAAGGCAGAGCAAAGAAUAUAAACUAUCAUCAUUUGUUAAUGGUCGCAGGUGCAAGGAAGACCCACACCUUGAUGGUAUAAAUAGAAAUGCUGAGAGCGGUAAGAUCAAUAGUGUCAAAUGUUCUGCAAAACAUGCAGGUAACAUCCUACCUAAAAGCCUUUACAGUGGGAAGGCCAGAGGUGGUGGAAAGAGGCAGCCCAGGUUGACUGAUCAGUGGAUGGAAGGUAAAUAUCCAUGUAAAGAAUGUGGCAUGGUUCUAGAGAGCAGAAUGGACCUUGUGAAUCAUUUCCAGGUGGCACAUCAUCAUUCGCGUCCAUUCAAAUGCCAUGUAUGUGGCAUGUGCUUCGCUGCACCAGCCAAACUGAAAUGUCACAUGCGCUCCCACUCCGGGGAGCGUCCUUUCACCUGUGACAUCUGUAAUAAAGCUUUUACUCAGAAGGGCUCUCUGAACAUCCAUAUGAUACGGCACAGUGGUGUGAAAGCAUAUAAAUGUGAGGAAUGUGGCCGCAAGUUUGCUAGAUGUGCUGACUUGAAUUCACACAAAAAAACUCACUCUGAGGAGAAACGGCACAGCUGCACCGAAUGUGGUAAAAAAUUCAGACGGGCAGAACAUUUGCGCCAGCAUUUACUAAUCCAUACUGGAGAGUUACCAUAUUCCUGUACACAUUGUGAUAAAAAGUUUCGUAUUCUUAGUAAUCUUGCUGUUCAUCGGCGCAUACACACAGGAGAAAAACCUUGCAAAUGUCCUGAAUGUGGAGUACGCUUUAGACAGUGGAACGCCUUGAAAGGACAUCUUGAAAGUGCACACUCAGGUCAACGGCCAUACUCUUGUGAACGAUGCAGUAGCAGCUUUUCACGUUUGAAUUAUCUUCGUAAUCACAUGCUUACUCACACCAAUAGCAGACUGUUUGUCUGUGAGCAGUGUGGUCAUAUUUUCAAAAAUCAGAGUAAUUUGGAUGUCCACCGAACUGUGCACUCUGAUGACAGGCCGUUUAAGUGCACACUGUGUGACAAGAGCUUUAAACGGACUCAAGGGCUGAAAACACACAGGCUAGUUCACACUGUUGAGCGUCCACAUAAGUGUGUGAUCUGCAACAAAACAUACCGCAGCACGACAGGAUUGCGUGUACAUAUGUUUAGUCACACAGGUGCACGUCCAUAUACUUGCAAGGAGUGCAAAAAGAGCUUUAGAGAUCCUAGUUCCAUGAGAAGACAUGCCAUAACACACACUGGGGAAAAACCUUAUAAAUGUAAGCUUUGCCCCAAGAAAUAUUCCCAGCUUUCGGGCUACAAAGCUCAUAUGCGUGUGCACACUGGCGAAAAGCCCUAUAUAUGUAGCUAUUGCUCCAAGACUUUCCGCUAUCCAAACAGUAUGAAAGCCCACAUUUUACUCCACACAGGACAGGCUCCUUUCCCAUGCCCAGAGUGUGGAAAACUAUUUAAGCAAACUAAUAGCUUAAAAACACACAUGAAAACAUUUGGCCACAGUGACAAAAGGAAAGCUGAUACCAAUAAAGUGAAGAGAAAAAACUGACUCAUAUACAAAGCAUAAGAGGAUUUUGCUGUAUCAAGUCUCUGUAACAUAUUUUACCACAGUGAGUGCAGAGGUCACUGAUUAAACAACCAAAGAUGAAAAACUGAACUGUAAGGAUGUAAUAUUAAGAAGUAAUUAAUGUACACAUAUAUGUUGCACAUAGCCUAUCUCUAAUGAACUGGUGGGGGUUGUAGAGUUUCUUGUAAACAUGUUUAGUUCCCCCAAGAUUAAUACUAAUGUUGUUGACUCCUGGCAAGCAAACAUAACAUAUGUACAGUAAUCUUAAAGUUAAAUGUAUGUUCAUUUUUUACAGAAUCUUAUUGUCCUUAAAUCUUCAUAGGUGAAGUUAAGAUAUGUUGUAGCUGUAAUUAUUAAUUUGCAAGUCUCAUUGAAAUCCAAAGCAGAAUUCAAUAAUAAUAAUAAUAAUAAAACUUUGUAAAAUGCACUGUCUAGCUUUUUAUGUAUUUAUGUAAAUUAACAGUAAAUAUGUACAUCUUGUGUUUGUGUUUAUAUAUAUUCAAUCCGUUUGUUUUGUAUUGUAUCUCCACACCUCCCAUUUGUUUCAGUGAUAACUGGGGGUUUCUUUGGUUCAGCAGUUUCACAAUGUUUACACAGGCAAACUGUAACUGUUGGGUAUCAGCAAUAAUGUAGCACUUUAACAGUAGUUUUAUUGUCAGGUGCUGA